AUGGUUUCUGUCGCUGUGGGGCAGCUCUGCGCGACAGCGAGCAUAGCCUCUAAUCUGGUGCAAUGCCAGACAUUGAUUCGAAAGGCUGCGGCCGCAGGAGCCAAGGUCCUGUUUUUGCCGGAGGCCUCAGACUAUCUUGCGUCUUCGGCAGAGGAGUCUUUUGCACUCGCCCAAUCCACAGAUUGUGGUAACUUCAUUGCAGCUCUACAGAAGGCAGCCCAAGUGGAGAAGAUGCAUAUAAAUGUUGGCAUCCACGAAGUAGCUUCUGAACAUAGGCUCAAGAACUCCUUGGUCUGGAUUGAUGAUAAAGGAGCCAUCACGCAAAGGUACCAGAAAAUACAUCUAUUUGACGUUGACAUCAAGGAUGGUCCUAUUUUGAAAGAGAGCAAGAAUGUCGAGCCAGGACGGAGUAUUCUUCCACCAUUUGAGACACCAGUUGGACGCGUCGGUUUGGCCAUUUGUUUUGACCUACGUUUCCCGGAAAUAAGCCUGGCAUUGCGACGCCAGAACGCGGAAGUCAUUACCUAUCCGUCCGCAUUCACAGUUCCUACAGGCAAAGCGCAUUGGGAAUCUCUACUCAAAGCCAGAGCAAUUGAGACUCAGUCCUAUGUAAUAGCAGCUGCACAGGGAGGCUUGCAUAAUGAGAAAAGACGCAGCUAUGGUCAUUCUAUGAUUGUGAACCCGUGGGGAGAGGUGGUAGCUGAAUUGGGUGAAGAAUAUCAAGAACCACAGAUUGCGACGGCGGAUAUUGACCUCGGGCUUGUGUCGAAGAUUAGGAGGGAGAUGCCUUUGCUUAGAAGGACUGACAUCUACCCGGAGAUUUAA